ACAAUAUUACGUGUGUAGGUCGCGUGCGUGUGUGUCAGCGGACUAAGCUGCCCUUUCAUCCCGUCGGCGAAUCGUCGGCACAUCACGGUCUCGUACGCUCGGGCGAAUGCGGUUCCCGCGGUACAGCGUAGGUAAUAUUAAUAUGAUAUGUGACAGCAUAAGAAUAAAAAAUAUCAACAUAACGAUGUGCCGACGAUUAUCGCAAUAAUAUUGUUAUCAAAUUGUCUUGAACAUAGUAGGCGCGAAACGAAAAUCGUUUAUCGUUUUCGGUUUUGUUUUUGUGGUAUUCACAAGUCAUCAUGAAGACCGACGAAGAAAACGUUAGUUGGACCAGCGAAAUGUCUAAUCAACCUGCUAGGACAGAGUUUCCACCUCCGUUAAUUAGUGAAAAGGUCAUGAGUUCUACUCCCCCAAGUGAAUUCACACCAAACAAGGAUGAAACUUUACCAAGGCCAAAUUCAAAUUCUGUACUGUUCGAGAUGCCAACAGUAAAGCAGUCCACACUGAGCACUUCCGUAAAAAAAUUACCUCAUCAAAUGAAAAGGGAAUCGACAAUUGAAGAGUUACAUAAUACCUGGAGAAAAAUGGGAGCGCAAGCUCUUGCAACGACUCUCUCUGCUCUUUAUGGCAAACUUUUGGUCGUCAUGGGCAUAGCUUUUCCGAUGUCUGAAGUGAUAUCUACACACAUUCCUCAUUCGUUUUACGAGGGUUAUUACUUGUACCUUUAUUUCGGAAGUAUGGCGUUUCUUUUCUAUAUGUACGCAAUGCUGCUUAAGGGCAAGCCCACUAUGACGCCAGUCAACAAUAACUACAAUAAUUCGGUCAGCGAUUCUUUAUCCGGAGAGGGUUCGGAAAACAGUGACGGUGAUUCGGAAUAUUACGAAGACAACGACGAUUACACGAAUACCGCCGGCGCCGAAAUGGAACAUUGGACGUCGUACAACCCGAGAACUCGGAGACAAUCGUUUCACCUUGUGUUGCCAUCUACUUUUCAGCACUACGGAAGUUUCUAUCUGAGAAUGGGUGCUGUUGCUUUCGGCAUUGGUAGUAUGAUUUAUUCUGGUUUAGAAUUUGGUCAGUACUUUGAACUUGAACCGGCGACAAAGUGCCAUAAUGUGCUUCUGGUGCUCACGCCGGCCACAAGAAUGGCAUUCAUAUUUAUACAGAUGUACUUUAUAUUUUUGAAUGAUGAGCAACAAAUGAGAGUGACACGUCACCGAGUAUUGGCAAAGUUUGGACUCAUGCAUAUGAUCGGCACUAAUCUUUCAGUAUGGCUCAAUGUACUCGUACAAGAAACCAAACACGAAAUACUAACUUUUUAUAAUCCUGCAGACAAUUCUAUUGGCGUCGAUAAACAACCAAAUCAUUUUUCACUGUUCAAAAAGUGGACGACCACCACGACACAGUCACCAACGUCGGCCAUGUCGUCAGUGGCCGAACGGUUGCGGCGCAGCAUCAACGCGGGCCCUCACCAUAUCUACGAGUGCCGCCGGACGAACAUCAUCGGGUCAUUGGUGCAAAACGCCAGCCCGUUCCUGUUCCCGUGCACGAUCGAGUACAGUCUGAUAUGCGCAGCCAUACUGUACGUGAUGUGGAAGAACAUCAGCCGGGUGCACGCGGACGUGUACCGGCAACGGAAGGCGGAACGGUGUGAGAACCUGGCGCAGAUCACGCACUACCGGAAGUCGCCGCAUUACUAUUCGGUGGACUGCGCGCAGGCGCACAAGGGCCUGUUCGUCGGCAUACUGUUCCUAGUGCUCACCAUCAUCUCGCUGAUACUGUUCUUCGUGCUCAUUUCUCGUCCGGAGCUUAUCACGUUCGCCGUCAUGGAGGUGAACGUCUGUGAGCUGUCGCUGUAUGGCAUGACCACGCUCGCCACCAUUGUCGGCAUGAUGCAGGUUCGGCAGCUGAAGUUCGACGGGCUGCGGAAUCUCGAGCUGGACAACAUACUACUGGUAGGCGCGCAGACAGGCACGUUCAUAUAUAGUACGUUUACGAUAAUCAGCGGUCACUUUACCGAGGAGAACAACACAAUACUAGUUCUGAUCACUGCGUCCGCAUCGCUGGUGCAGACCUUCUGCCAGACUGUGUUCAUACUGGACGCUUCCCGGCGGUCGUGCGUCACACCCGACCAGAUACGCAAGAAGCCCGGAAGGGAGAUCGUCACGUUCCUGUUGGUCAGCAACUUGGCCAUGUGGGCCAUCAACACGCUGGAGAAAUCUCGGGCCGAUUCACACCCCAUACAGCUUCAUUUCUACGGCCUGUGGGCGUGGACCAUCAUCACGCACGUGUCCAUGCCACUGGCCAUAUUCUACAGGUUUCACUCGACCGUGUGCCUGUGCGAGAUCUGGAAGCGAUCGUACAAAAUCAAACCGUCGUACAUGUGAGGGCGGCGCGAUCCGCUCUACCACCUCUUCCAAAACCGUACCACAAAAUCGUUUAAUGUAUAAUAAUAUUAUUAUCGAUAAUGUAAUUGUUACAUGUUUGGUGGAGUUGUAUCUGGACUGUUUAGUUACUGGUCUGGUUAUCCGGCUCUUCAAAAUUUCAGUUUCUAUUGUAAAGUAUAAUAUUAACCAGUUCCGAUGUAUAAUAUUUUAUACACGGUCAUGUGUUAAUUCCGCUCGAUACAAGUAGGUUAAAAAAGAUGUAUGGUAAAUUCCAAUUAGAAAUGUAUAAAGAUACAAUUUAAGCGUAUGAAAAUUUGGGAUUUCAAAAGAUGAUAAUCUGAAUUGGUUCCUAUUUAAAAUUUAGAUGUAUAUCUUUAUCCAAAAUGUUUCACAUGUGAUCUAAUAUCUGAAUCGUUUUCUUUUAAUUCUAUGGAGAGACUAAUCUGUUGGAUUUUUUUACAUUUCGAGACUAACAUAAAUAAAAUCUACAACCUUGUAUUCUAAACUAUUGCAUUUGUAAUAUUUGUGUAAAGCUGGUGUCACUGUAGUGUUAAGUUUUUCCCCGGAGUGAUCUUAAAAUCACGAGGAAUCACAAAUUUUACAUAAAAUCUAAAUACAAAAAUAAAGAAAAUAUAAUAUAAUAAAUAUCUGGUAGAAUAGUUUAGAACGUUUUUAAUUGAAUACUAAAAAAAUAUAAUACUAUCUGGUUAUACUCAGUUAUAAUAUUAAUUACUUUCAAUUACUACAAUAAUUAUAAAUUUUACAUAAAAUAGCAUACAAUAAAAUGGGAAAGAAUUCGGUUCUGGAAUCUGAGCGUGGAAAAGAUAAUUGUUGGAAAAUUAUAAAUUGUCCUUUAAAAUUAAAACAUUUGUUCAUUUAAAAAUAUUACCAUUAAUACUUUUUUAUCUGCUUGUUUCGGUUGGAAUUUACAAUCCCCUGUUUAUAUGUGACUGGUAAUACGAUUUUAUAAUUUUUCAGUUUAUUAAAACUACCAAAUAGUUAUUCAUUAAAAAUAGGUAAAUUUUGAAAAUAUCACCAUAUUAAAAAAAAUAAAUAUUGCUCAAAAUAACGGUUCCGGUAUAAAGAAUAUUGAAGUAAAGGUUACAACUAGGAUUCAAUUCUUUAACUCUGGUUAUUUUUGAUACGGUUUUAGCUCUUUCAACAUCGUGUUUUACACGUCCACACUACAACCGUCAUACCUAUAGAUAUAUUAACUGUAUUAUUAUUAUAUAUUUGUUAUGUUAAAAUAAUUGAACGUUAUUAUAAUAUAAUAUACAAAAUUAUUGAAAUGGAUGGUUCUAAUAAUUAUAUACGACUCGCCAAGUAUGUACUUUUACUUAAUAUAAAAUGAGAAAUUGGAAAUAAACUAAAAUGUUAAUUGA